AUGAAGUUUUUCGCCGCAGUCCUUGUCGCCACCUGUCUGGCUGCGUCCGGCCUGGCCAGCCCGGCUCCGGAUUGUCCGCCAAGCGGACAUGUUAGUGGAUACUCCUACCCAGCGCCUACUGUGCAGCUGUCAGUUGGUAAAGCUGUCAACUCGGUCAGUGUGACACCCGGCUUCUCGUCCUACGCCGUCGAUGGUGAGGUGAAGUACGCCUCGGUGGGUCCUUCCUACAGUUCGUACGAAUCAUCCCCGGCCUACAGCGCGUAUGGCACGUCCGGUGAGGAGCUGAAGCUGACGAGCUACGAAGCAGGUGUGAAGACGGUUGCGGCCGCUCCUGCCGUCACCUACGCCACCAAAACCGCUGGAGUUGUGUACGCUGAUAAGUCACCCAUCACCUCCUAUGCCUCGGUGGUUCCAUCCAGUGUCAGCUACACCAAGACGGUGGCUGAACCCGUCUACGCUCAGCCCGUUGUAAGCAAGGUCCUGACAAGUGCUGCUCCGGCUUACGUCACGAAGGAGUAUCUGCCUCCGGUCGUCAAGUCCUACUCAGCUGCUCCAGUCGUCUCGUCGUACGUCGCUCCAGCUGUCACAAAAUACGCCGCCACUCCGGCCGUUGCCACGUACACCUCCUCGCCAGCUGUUGCUUCCUACGUGGCCGCUGCUCCUGCCGUCAGCAAGUAUGUUGCAGCCGCCCCAGCCGUCAGUUACGCAGCUGCCCCAGCCGUCAGCUAUGCCGCCGCUCCAGUCGCGAAGGUAGUCAGCGCCAGCUACGCUCCUGCCACGUCCUAUGCCAGCUAUACUCCAGCUGCCAAGGUUGCCACCUAUGCUGCUCCUGCUGCCACCUACGCCAGUUACGCUCCGGCCGCCAAGGUCGCUACUUAUGCUGCGCCAUCCUACGGUUAUGCUGCGUCUUAUGCUCCAGUCACGAAGGCCUACGCAAGCUAUGCCCCGGCCGCAACCUACGCCAGCUAUGCCCCGGCCGCUAAAGUAGCCUCAUACACACCAGCCGUUGGUUACGCCGCUUAUGCUCCAGCUGCCAAGGUCGCUUAUGCUGCCCCGGCCGCCGGCUAUGCCAGCUCAUACGCUACAACCUCCAACCUGGCUUAUGCUGCCCCAGCCGUCACGAAGACGGUUGUGUCCGCUGCUCCGGCAGUCGCUUCCUACUACGCCGCUCCCGCCGUCACCAAGUACGCAUCUGCCCCAGCCGUUUCCACGGCGUACGUGUCCGCACCGACCGUCACCAAGUAUGCCACUUCCGGAGUGGCCUAUGCUCCAGCUGUCAGUAGCUACGUGGCACCAUACUCAGCUCACGCUUACACCCCAGCCGUCAGCAAGUACGUGUCCUCACCGGCUGUCUCCUCGUACUACGCCACACCCUCAGUCUCGAAGGUAGUGUCCAGCCCGGGCUAUGCCUCGUACGUGUCUGCUGCUCCUGCCGUGGCUAAGGUUGCCGCCGUUCCGGCUGUCUCGACUGCGUACGUCUCUGCACCAGCUGUCUCUAAGGUAGCUUACGGACCGGCCGUCGCUUCGUACAGUGCUGGUCCGGCUGUGUCCGCUUACACCACCGGUGCGGCCUACUCAGGCUACUCUGUUUCCCCGGCUGUCUCGAAGGUAGUGGCCUCUCCAGCUGUCGCUGCGUACAGCACCGGACCUGCCUACUCGUCGUACUCUUUGAGCCCAGCCGUCUCGAAGGUUGUUGCUACUCCGGCCGUGGCCUCCUAUAGCGCUGUUCCGGCGGUCUCCAAGGUUUACUCUACUCCUGCCGUAUCCGCAUACAGCGCUGUUCCGGCUGUGUCGAAGGUCUACUCAACUCCCGCCGUAGCCUCUUAUAGUGCUGUCCCAGCUGUGUCGAAUGUGUACUCCACUCCAGCUGUGGCUGCCUACAGCGCUGUCCCGGCUGUCUCCAAGGUUGUCGCUACUCCGGCUGUGACCGCUUACAGUGCUGUACCAGCCGUGUCGAAGGUCUACUCAACCCCAGCCGUUGCUGCGUACAGUGCCGGACCGGCUUACUCCUCGUACUCGGUCGCCCCGACUGUAUCGAAGGUCCUGACCACUCCUGCCGUUGCUGCUUACAGCGCUGGACCGGCUUACUCUUCUUAUGCCGUUAGCCCGGCUGUCACGAAGUACGCCACUGGUGCCGUUGCAGGAUACACCACUGGUGCUGUUGCAGGAUACGCUGCUUCUGGAGCUGCCCACGGAUACUAUGCCGCUGGUCCCGCGGUUUCUGCCGCCCAUUACGAUGGCUACCGUUAUGCUGCUGCUGCUCCAGCUCUCACUACCGCUUACACUGCUCCGGCUACUGUUGUCAAGACCGUUGCUCCUACCACCGUCGUCAAGACGGUUGCUGAGAAGUACGUGGAACACUACGACGAUAAUGCCCGUUACGCUUUCGAGUAUGGAGUGAACGAUCCGCUGACCGGUGAUAUCAAGCACCAGAAGGAGGAGCGCGACGGUGAUGUCGUCCGUGGCCAGUACUCGCUGGUGGAGCCUGACGGUAACGUGCGUACGGUCGACUACUACGCCGACUGGGCCACCGGAUUCCACGCCACCGUUACCAACAGCCGGGACCAAGUGCACGCCACGAAGGUCCUUGGCAAGCGUGACACCGUGAAGGCGUAAGGUGCAUUCCCUGCCCUGGCGCGCUAGCCCGGCAGGACGAUUGCGCUGCGUUUGCUUCACUGUACAGAAACGUCCUGCAUUCCCCACUCUCAUCCAGUACAUCCUCCGAAACACACUCAUCCGAAAGCACUCGAUAUUGCAUGAAAAGCGAAAAGGACUCGCGCACCUGGACCGGAUCCUUGGGACCGGUGGCCAUCGUGGGCUUGUUCGCGCGAGCCGUUGUUGAAGAUAUCCUUUUUUUGUUUGCGUUUAUACGUUUAUGGCACCCAUUGCAUGCUGUCUGCACGUCAUUAGACUCGGAAGGACACGUCAAGCGAACCAAGAGGCGAACCACUUUAUUUUUGUUUGUUUGUUUUGUACGUUUUACUACUAUUUAUUUUCGGUGAGUGCGUGCAGAGCACACGCGCCAUCCUAGACACCGGUGCCGUGCCGCGAAUGGGGACUGAUCUUCGAUCUUUGUCCCAAGUGGAGAUAGCCCUUCCGGAGAACGAUUUCAUUCGCUUGUUUGACUCUGUAAAUAUACACCUAUUUCUAUUGUUUCGACAAAAAAACACAUUAUAUCAAACACACAACCGCAGCCAGCGGCCAUUUUUUUGUCGAUCACACAUCCCAUCCGGCCUCAACAACACGUGGCUCGGGCCACGUGGUUCGACCGCAUCCCCCCUCCCGUUUGCCACCAGGACACUUGUCGGACAGCCCGUUUUGGAAAGUGC